CACCCAAUUCAACAAUAUAUCCCACAAAAACAGCUCCAACAUAAAGAUGGACAGAAGACAACAGUGCAGCGGAUGUCUGCAGUACCUGUUGGUUCCGCCAGAGGUACAAACCAUUUGUUGUGCCUCCUGCGGAACCAUUGCCAAUAGCACCGACACGAGUAAUGCUCAAGCUCGUUGGGGUAAAACCCGUGACUUGUUGGUACCAGGACAAACCAGAAGCUAUCCAGGGUCUGGGACGCAUGCAUUUCCCUCUGUAUACGGUCCUCAUCAGCGACAGCUGCUGCCACGGCCUGCCUUAUCGCCAGUUUCGGUGCAUGGAAGGAAAAGAGCACUGAUUUGCGGCUUGAAUUACAUUGGCAAAUAUUAUAGUCUUAAAGGAAGCAUCAAUGAUGCCAAGUGUAUGAGGUUUCUUCUUGUGGAGAAAUUGGGGUUUCCUUUGGACUCCGUUCUCAUGCUCACAGAUGAUCAGCAAGACCCUUUGUUGAAGCCGACGAAAAGGAACAUGCGGAAAGGCAUGAGAUGGCUGGUCUACGGAUGUCAGCCAGGGGACUCGUUGCUGUUUUACUUCUCAGGCCAUGGCGCUCAGCAAGAAGAUUAUAACUUCGAUGAGCUCGAUGGAUAUGAUGAAGCCUUAUUACCUAUUGAUCACGAGACUGAAGGAGGAAUAAUCGAUGAUGAAAUCAAUGAGACCAUCGUUAGGCCACUGCCUCGAGGAGCCAAGCUGCAUGCCAUCAUCGAUGCCUGCCACAGCGGAACCGUUCUUGAUCUGCCAUUCGAUUGCAAGAUGAACAAGGAAGGGUAUUAUAUAUGGGAAGAUAAAAGAAACCCCAAGUUUAACAAAGGUACAAGUGGAGGAGUAGCCUUCUGUUUUAGUGCAUGUGACGAUGAUCAAAAAGCUUCAGAUACCAACGUUUUCACCGGAACAAAAACCAACACCGGUGCCAUGACGUUCAGCUUCAUCCAGGCCGUGGAAAACGAACCUGAUUUGACGUACGGCCGGUUGCUUAUUGCAAUCCGCAACGCAAUCCGUCAAGUUAAAGCUUGUUUACGCAAAACUGGUACCAUAAAAAUUCUGGUUAACAAAGUUUUGCAGAAAUCAUCAAUCCAGGAGCCACAGCUAUCUUCAUCGUACCCAUUUGACAUUUACUCAAAGCGGUUUCUGCUGUAGUAAUUCCCCUUCUUACACAGCUAUCUGGUUAUGUAAUAAUAGUUUGUAUAUUAUCUCAUGU